AUGCCUUCUUCAAAGCCUUUAAAGAUCAAGCCUUCAGAAGUCGCCGCCGAUACCAAGAAGAAACUCAUCCCAGAGGUCAACAGACAUUUCCGCGAGGAAUGGCCCCCAUACUCCAUUCUCUACGCCCAACCACUGCUUCAACUCCAUCUCACCCGCCCAAGCUUCAUUAGCUCAGACCUGCCCAAGUUUUAUGUCGUCCACAGUGAUCCUGUCGACUGCGCCCUAGGUUGGGCUCAGACCGAAGGCGUUCGCAUCCCAUUCAUCUGUGCCGCGAAUGAGAAACGACCAGGAGGUGACUGGGAGACUGGUGUAGUUGGCUAUGAGGAGAGAUUAUGCCGCCGCAGUAACCUGUCAGCAACACUGGGCACACCCCAUCCGGAAUCCUACCAGGCGACCAACUAUCCGAUCCCGAUCGAAGGGGCCAUCUACUCCCCUGAUGUCGUCCGCUUCCGCCAGUUCCAAGACCGAAUCGAGUCGCUGGAUAUGAAGGACUGGAGGUCGCUCCCGGUCAUUUCCAUGCCGCCAGCAAGAUGGCCGAAGCUAACGGACCACGGAAGAAAAUACUCCUUCUCGGAGGAGCGAGAGCUGGUACGGAACAAGAUGCGAGCCGCGCUGCGCAUCUGCGUCUUCAACGGCUACAACCACGUGGUCAUUGGCGACUUUGGCCUCGGCAACGGAUACCGCAACCCGCCCAAGGAGCUGGCCGAGCUGUGGCGCGACGUUUUCCUCUAUGACCCGGAGCUGAGGGGGCAGUUCCUCGCCGUCAUGUUCGCCUUCGAAGACGACAGGCAGUGCACGGCCAAGUACAUUCUCGACGACAUUGCCAAGAAGACGAAGGGGACCAGCAGCAGCAGCUCUUCGAAAAGCAAGUCCAAGAGUUCGUCGUCGUCAUCGGGCUCGAGCAGCAGCUCUUCCAGCCACAAAAGCGACUUCAAAAUCUUCAGCGAGAUCUUUGCGCCUAAUGAGAUUGCCCGAGUCCGAAGCCAGCCCGACCCCCGGUACGCCUUCUCGGCCAUUAUGGACGGAUCUUGA